GAGGAGACGAAUCUUAAUGCCACGUAAGCAGGAGAUUCGUGGAGUUAGAGAAGUAUCUAAAUUCCAAGCCACCAGAAACUGACACGUGACCAAACAAGAUAAGAGUCUUGCAUUUUCUUGAUGAAACAAGACAGAGAGAAGAAUCUUAAUGAGAAAACCAGUAAAAAAAGUAAUAUGAUAAUACAUUGUCCGUCUUCUUCUUCUCUCUAUCGCACGAAUUUGUUAUACAAGAGAGGUGGUCGAUCUUAUCAGUGUCAGAGCCGCUUGGCUACUAGAUCAGCGGCGGUUCGUAUAUCCACGGCGACGAUCGGGACCAUAGCGGCGGCGGCGGUUAUGAUGGCUGCUGUGUCUGUAGCUUCUGCAGAGCUUCCUCCGCCGCCGCCGCAAGACGGAGAAACGUUAUCGAACAUACCGCAAACGCUGUCAGGCGAAGACUGUAAGAAACAGAGGAUUCAACGACCAAAAUCCAAAAACGCAGAGAAAUGUACAGUCAAAUGCGUCAACACUUGCAUUCGCAGCGGAGACGGAGAAGGACCGAUCAAUAUCAGAAGGCCAUUAGUGGUAUUCAAGCAAGGAUUUCGUAGCCGUAAUUACUGCUUAGUGGAAUGUUCCGAUAUUUGCAAUUUGAUCGGAGAUGGUGACUAUGGUCCCUGAAGAAACAGAGGAGAAACAAAAAUAACUGAUUCAGAAUGAUUUUUUUUUUUUUUUAUAAAGAAGAUUCAAACACGAUGAUAUAUAGUCUCAGAAUAAACGAUACACAGGUUUCAGAGAUUUGGUUGGCAUAUCGAUCGAAUCCAAGUGACUGUGUCUUGUUUCUUCGUGACGCGGCAAAACACGUUGGGCUUUAUAA